AUGGAAUCUUCCCUUGACAAUAUUGAAAAUGUUGCCACUGAAGAUCAACAAAUAAGUUCCAAGGAAAAUAAUUCGGAAGAAAAAAAUGAGCUGCAGGAUGCAACAUCAACUACUAAGCCUUUGGAUCCUGAGGAAGAUGCAAAUAAAAUUCUAGAAUCAUCAGUCGGAGAAAUCGCAAAUUCUGAAAUAACAAUAAGUCCUGAAAACGCAAAAGAAUAUACCUCGAGAAAAACAACCGGGGAACAGGACACAUUUAAGGGAAUCGCAACCACUGAGACCUCCGAUUCCUCAGACAAAGGUAAAGAUGUUGCAAUAGUAUCAGCAGGCCAAACUGGUAAAAUGUCUAAGCAGCCGCAAGAAUCUCAGGAAACCUCAGAUAAAUUUGCGGUUCCGCAUACAACAUCAACUUUCAGUCCAAUGGAUAACGAAGAAGGAACAAUCUCAAACAUUGAUGAAACACAAGGCUCUAGACAGAAUGGAGCUAGUGAAAAUGCCCUCGACAAUAUUGCAAUUCUUGCGGCGGAUUCUCAGGGUACAACAUCAACAAGCAGACCAUUGAAUCCUGAGCAGGAUGCAAAUGAAUCGUCAUCAGAAGCAUCAGCUAGAGAAAGCUCAUGUUCUGUAAUAACAAUAAGUCCUGAAAUUGCAAAGGAAUAUGGAUCGAAAACAUCACAAGAAGAACAGGAUACACUGAGCGAAAAUACCAUUUAUUUAGGGAAGGAAAAUCUGAAUGAAACAUCCACUGAAACCACAAAUUUCUCAGAAAUGGAAAUACGACCUGAAGACCAAACCAGCGAAUUUUUAAAGCAGCCUAAAGAAUCUCAAGAAAACUCCACUAUGUUUAAUGUUCCGGAUACACCAUCAACGUCGAAUCCUUUGGGUUCCGAACAAGAAACAGCAGACGCCAGGGAAAAGGAAGCUGUGGAAGAUUUCCUCGACGGACAACCGAUAAGUUCCAAAGAAAAUAAUACGGAAGAAAAACUUGAGAUUCCUUCAGAUGUAAAAGAUUUCAAUCCUGAGACCUCAGAUUCCUCACACAUAGACGAAGAUGUUGAAAUAAUAUUUAAAAACUCAUCCCAAUUUGUUGGUAGCCAAAUGAAAAUAGUAUCAGCAGGCCAAACUGGUAAAAUGUCUAAGCAGCCGCAAGAAUCUCAGGAAACCUCAGAUAAAUUUGCGGUUCCGCAUACAACAUCAACUUUCAGUCCAAUGGAUAACGAAGAAGGAACAAUCUUUGAUGAAAAUCAAUACGUCGGGAAGACAGACAAUCCUGUCGACGAUAGUGAACAUUUUGAAGUCGGAAAACAUCAAAUAACUGCCGAAGAAUAUGAUACGAAUGAAGGAAUUGAGAUUCCUUCAGAUGUAAAAGAUUUCAAUACAGAAACGUCUCAUACACCCGAUUCCUCAGACAUUGUGGAAGAUGUGAAAACAAUAUCCAAAAACCCAACCGACUUUGUGGGAAGCCAAGUGAAGAUGCCAAAGAAGACCCAAGAAACUCUGAAAAGCUCUGAUAAAUUGAAUCUUCCUGAUACAGCAUUAAUUUCCAAGCCAUUAGAUCCCGAGGAGGAAGAGCAAAAUACUUCGAAGAAGCCAUCAAAGGAAAUAUCCCUUGACAGCAAUCGAAUUUUUGAGGAUUCAAAUAGUAAUAACGAUGUUGAUAUUCGGUAUGCAAAAUCAUCCCCAAGUCCAUUGGAUGCCGAACAAGAAACCGAAGCAAAUUCCCUACACAACCACAACCCAAUUCCUGGCAGCGGUAACCCACAAUUAAUCUCCAACGAAACUAAUGGCGAAGACGCAUUUAGGGGCCAUAUAAAAAUAUUUUCAAAGGAAAUCACUACGUCGGCAGAUAAUGUAAACAAUGAACCAAUUUCUGAGGCGGGAUAUUCAACUGAAGGUAAUACGCUUAAGGAUUAUAAUGUGCCAGGUUCGGAGGCAAUUAUUGGAAAAUCAUCUUCACGAAAGGAAUCUGAAAAUAUUGAAGACGAUUUUGCUCUCCGAACGGAUUUCUCUUCGGAAUCAUUUAUUAGUGAUGAUAAGAUAAGAACUUCGGAAGCGACGGCUAAAGAAAAUUCAGAGGAAGAUGACAACGGAAAAAUUCCGAAAGAACCAAUUGAAAUUCCGAAGGGUAAUGAAAUUGACGAAGACGUCAACAGCUCUGAAAUUAUUUCCAAUGAAGAAACUCUGCAAGAGAGUGGAGAAGUUAUAAUUUCCACAACAUUUAAUAAUACUAGGGAGAAUAACGUCGAGACCUCCGAUAAAACACUCAAGCAAGUGGAUUCAUUUGUAGAACACGAUAUUCUAAAAUCGGCUGAUGAUUCUCAAAGUCGUAACGCUACGGUGAGUUACCUUGAGCGCUCUGGAGAAACUCCCAGGCAAUUGCAAUCACUUCCAGAUACAAAAUAUGAAAUUCAAGAAGUUGGCAAUGAUCUUCAAAAUCCACAGACCAUUACAACACCGACGCCAGGUGGUAAUUCUACAGUGACGAAUAGCUCCCUACCACAACAAGUGGAAAAAACAUUGCAGCCGGUACAACCUGUAAGAGGUGACAUCUCCGCCAUGGAAAUUAAUAUAUCUCGUUCCGAAGCAACAUCUGAUGAUUCUGAAAGUGAAAACGCCACGGUGAAUACUCUUGAGGGCACUGGAGAAAUUCCCAAGCAAUUGGAAUCACUUCUAGACACAAAAUAUAAAAUUCCGGAAGACGACAAUGAUGUUCAAAAUAUCCCCAUACCUCAACAUGUGGAAGAUACAUUGGAACCUGAGCAAAAUUUAAGAGAUGGCAUCUCCAAAAAAGUUCCUCUGGUAGAGUCUUUCUCUGAAACCCAAGUUCCUCGGGUAGAGUCUUCAACUACUAAGGAAAUAGAAAAUAUCGGAGGAGGAGACAAUUUUACUUCAAACCCACCAACUAAAUCCCAUGACUCCGUGGAGUCAUCAGCAAAUAUCCUGAAAGAAGCAUUCAAGGAAAAUAAUAUCAUCAAUGAGGAGUAUCUAUCACGAGGAUCUGCUAGUCAAACGGAUUACCAAAAGAUCAGAUUAGACCCGAUGCUUGAAGAGGAAAAUAAAGUCAGUAUAGAUUCCUUGACAACAGAAAUUCCGAUCUUUGAUGCUGCGUCCUAUGAAAUCGUUAUGAAAUCCACAAAUCAGUCCCAUAUUUUGAAUAAGAACAAUGACGAACAAGUCAAGAUAACUGAGGUAACAACUGAUAAAAUCGUGACCUCUUCUUCCACAGAAUAUUCUAAACUUGAACCUCCAAUGUCUGAAAACUCUGAAAGUCUACAAAAUUUCAAGAAUGAGAAUGGGGUAGAGGGUCUCACAGUUCUGGAACCUAAAGACGGAGUUUCUACGUAUGCAUACAUCUCCGAGGAAUCUACGGAUAUUUUUACUGUAGACACUGAAGUAAAUAUCAGGACAACUGAGGCGACCCGUGAGAAAAUCGUGACCUUAAUUGCCACAACUUCCGUAAAAGAUGAGGUCAUGUCUUCCACAGAAAACUCUGGCUCCAGACCACACACGAAGAACACAAAAAGUAUAGGAAAUUUGAAUACUGACAAUGGAUUAGAUAUACUCGAAACUUUCGAACGUAAAGACAUCGAAAUAUUUACAGAAGUUGCCACCCCUAAUUCUGUGCAUGAAGACUUCUCAAAGGAAUCUACGGAUCAGCCCAGAAUAUUGAAUGUGGAUAAUGGAGGAAAUAUCUGGACAAAUGAAAAAAUCGAGGACUUGACUACCACAGAAUAUGUUCCGGUGUUUGAUAAUUACCCAGACCUUGGAGCACACACGAAGAACUCUGAUAUACGAAAUUGGAAUGUAGAGAAUGGUGUCUCUGAGGAAUCCACAGAUCAUUACAACAUUUUUAAUGUGGACAAUGAAGGUCAUGCCAGAACAACUGAGACGAAAACGGACUUCAACGAGGGUUCAAUUACCGCAGAAGAGGGCCCUACUUCUUCAACAGAAAAUACGCAAUUAUUAGACAAAUAUCCUGACCAUGGAACAUUCAAUGAAGUUUCUGAAAUGGGAGAACCUGACAUAUCUAAUCAUCAACAAUCCACGAAGCUAUCUGACGAUUCUGCAAACAAAAUUUCUUUCAAUAGUUCCGAAGGUACUUCGAUUGAUUCUCAAGACAAUUCGGAUGUCGAGAAAUUAAGCACAACUCCUCAGAGCAUUAAUACUUCUUCCGGAGAACUUGAAAUUGCAGCUACCAAGAUAUCUUCGACUACCAGUGAAUACAACAUCGGGCCUGAUGAAACCACUGCGAUUAAUGAUGAUUUGAAAUCCUCCACUAUUCCUAGUAUGGUUCCAAAUAUUAAGAAUUCAGGUGAAAUCAUUGAGAGUCUUCAAAAUGCUCCCAAAGAACUUGAGGAAAUUUAUUCCACCUCUACCAUCGAAUACAACUCUGCUCAGGAUGAAACCUCGUCGAGAAAAACUAAUUUACAAUUCCCUACUAUUCAACGCAUUAUUUCCAACGGAAGUGAUUCAAAUCUUGAAGAGAGUGAAACAUCAACUACCAUAAAAUACAACUCUGUAAUCGAUCAUAACCUCGGUACGGAAUCGACUGUGCGCCUUAUGGACUCUGAGACCACUCCAACAUCGAAUUUAAUUCCUAUACAUAAAAAUUCUCUCAAUGAACUUGAGAAUAGUUUCAAGGAACCGAAAACUCCGACUAUCAUAAAAUACAACUCUAUGGAGACUACCACAACCAUAAAAUACAACUCUGCAACGGAUCUUAACCCGGCUAAAGAAUCAACUGUGCAUGUGGGGUACUAUGAAACCACUACAUCACCCAAUUUAAUUCCCAUGCAUAAAAAUUCUCUCAGCGAACUUGAAAAUACCUCCAAAGAACCGAAAACCACGACUUUGACAAAGUACAACUCUGUAGAGAGUACCACUACCACUAGUACCAUAAAAUACAAUUCUGUAUUGGAUCACAGCCCGUCUAAAGAUUUAACGGAGCUAGUAACGGACUCUGAACCCACCACUACCUCUGGCAAUUUAAUGCCCAUACAAAAAACAGCACCCAAGGAGCAUGGAAAUACACCGAAUGAAACGAAGUCAGAUGCCAAACAAAAAUACAACCCUGAAUCGGAUGAUAAAGAGAGUGGAUCCAAAGAAACUACUACCACAAAAUACAACCCUGUACUGGAUACGAAGGGUAGCCAGCCAACAAAAUUAAGCACGAUUUUGUUAACAACACAAACAACAACAACUCCAAUACCAGCUACAAAAUCUCAACACAUUCCCAAGAAACGUAGAAGACCAAUUAUCCCUCCCCCUACUAAGACACCUUCUACGCCACAUGGUCCACCACCACCACCACCCUCAAUGAACGAUAAUACCAACAACAAUGAAAUUACCAACUCUUCGGUUAAAUUAAAUAAUUCCAUAAUGAUUGCUGGCGGG